AUGCGGAAAGGGGGUCGCUGCUUCGAGGUCCGCCUCGGCGGCGUCACGCACUCGGUGACCGUCGACCGGUCCGCCUCCGUGCGCGAGCUUCGCGCAGCUGCCGCUCUCGCCACGGGCGAGCCCGCCAGCGAGCUCACGCUUCUCUGUCGAGGGCAGAGGCUGGUGGACGACACUGCAGUCGCAGAUGCGCUGCCUGAUGGGAGAGAGCGCCUGCUUGCAAUCGCACAGCCGCCACCGAUGCGCCGCCGGCUCACCCUCCGCGACCUGUGUGGCGGCUGCGUGCACGGGGUGGAGCCUGAAGACGGUUGCACCGUCUCUGAGAUGUGCAGGGUCGCAGAGCAGUCGCUGGGAGUCGAGCCCAACGCCAACGGGGCGCUCUUCUCGAGGCACGUCGGGCAGCUGCUGAGGCCGGAGCUGCUCCUCUCCGACUACGCCUUGCCCAACGAGUCCGAGGUCUUCCUCAUCUCGCGGUCUGCGGUGGAGGCGGAGGCCAACGGCGACCGGGCUGCAGACCCCAUAGCCGCUGCAGCCUCGGUCGGCGGGCCGGACCCACCCAGGCGAGCAGUCGACGCGCCGAUGCCAAGCCGACCAAGCGUCGCUCCUCCGCGAGGCGGCGUGGCCGGGUGGAUCCGGACGGCUGCAGCUCGGACAUGCGUCCUCCUUCGGCUGCGCCGGCCGCAAUGA